GCAGCUUGGUUUUCCAGAUGCUAUAUAUUUGGUUGAUGCUAUUCAGGGUGGGAAUGAGCUGAUGAAUGCCUAUAGCAUAUCAUCUGGGAGAGGAACAACAUGGACGGAAAAGAUUGCCCAAUAACUACAUGACUCCUUGUGGGAUCCUCAUAAUUGUGGUUUUCAAACUUUUCCAGUGGCUACUACAUAUUUUGAAGAUGCAGCAAUGUAGUCGCUAUAUUUAAAGAAUAUAGUGUAGAAGAUUUCUCAAGUCAGCUACGUUUAUUUAUGGAGCUUUGUUUUUUCUCCCUCAGGUGAGUGCAUUUGGUGAGUCUACCUUUUUUCCGGUAGAAGGCUUACCAAACAUGAAAAAGCAAUUUCUCUCUGUUUUUGAAUAAGUAGAGAACUGUUAUCAGUGAAUUAAUAAUGCAGUUGGUUGCAUGGACAACUUUAGGGACCAAUUUAGAAGUCCUGAAAUCAUAUAUACAAAUUCCAAAAUCCAAAUAGAGCCUUAGCUUUUGUUGAUUCUCAUGAUGUGCUCACUAUUAAGCUUUUAUUGUUUUGAAGGAAGUCUCCCCUUAUGGCAUGUUAGGGACAUGAGAUGAUGAAUGGUCGACAUAUGAAUUUUUGUAGCUCAUAUAAUUUAUUCAGUUGAGGAGUCAGUAAACACAAGUGAGAUGUUUCUUUGGGAGAAUAAUGUCUCUUGGAUAUGAUUUGUAUAUGUGUUCCAUGUAACAAUUUGUGUAUUUACUAGAGUUAUAGGGGGAGAUAUCUGUAUGGGACCUACAGUCCAUUAAUUUUCCUUUUGGAUGAUGGCCAGUACAAUUUGUUGUGCUUAGAUGAUGAUAGAUAUUUGAGGAAGCUGAUGGCUGGAAUACUUGUCUGACAAACUAAUGUAGAAGCGAUGGAAUCAGGUUUUUUGGUUCUUUUCUUCGUGGACUGAUUGAUUUAUUUUCAUACU